AGGACGAGGACGACGCGGGCGCACGCAGCGCAGGUGCAGGCCGCAGCAAGAGCAAGCCCUGAAACCGCCCCGCCCCCCACCACCUCGCUCUCCCUCCUCUCGCAGCGCCGCAGAGCCAGGGUAGCCAGUCAGAAGAGGAACACACACGGGGGAGGGAGCGGCAGCCGCAGCGGCCGAGGGCGGAGCACGCGAGGCAUGGAUAGAUACCACAGGGUAGAGAAGCCUCGGAAUGACACGCCAAUCAGCCAGAAUGAGAUCAGGAUCACUACUCAGGGGAGGAUGAGGAACUAUAUCAGCUAUGGGAUGUCGCUGCUUGAGGAAAAUGGCCAUGAUGAGAUUAAUAUCAAGGCCAUGGGACGGGCCAUAAAUAAGACAGUUAUGGUUGUUGAAUUGAUCAAGAGAAGGGUUGGAGGUCUUCAUCAGAACACUGCUACUGAAUCUGUUGAUAUCACGGACACAUGGGAACCUUUGGAAGAAGGCCUUCUCCCACUAGAGACAACUCGCCAUGUGUCGAUGAUCACUGUAACACUGUCAAAGAAGCCUCUGGAUACAUCAUCUCCAGGAUACCAACCACCUAUCCCAGCUGAAGAGGUGAAACCUGCUUUUGACUAUGAUCAUGAAGAAUCGUAUCCCACUGGUCGUGGAAGAGGACGUUUUGGUGGGAGAAGAGGCAGGGGAAGAGGUAUGAGCAAUGGUCCCCCUCCACCUGCUUAUGGUUACAAUGACGAGUGGGAGGAGGAUGGAGAUUAUUACAACAGAGGGCGUGGGAGAGGAAGGUCACGUGGACGAGGAGGGAGAGGCCGUGGUGGCUACUAUGGAGGUGGGAGGCGUGGUGGCUACGGUUAUGAUUAUGGCUAUGGCGGGAGAGGCGGGUACUAUGAAGAGCAAGAUGAAUACUACGAUGAGCCCGAAGAAUAUGCCCCUCCCCCUGGCCGUGGGCGUGGCAGAGGAAGAAGGGGGAUGCCUUGGCGCGGGCGUGGUGGGCGUGGGCCGCCGCGCGGCGGCCGAGGAGGCUACUACUAGACAAGAAAUGCGACGUGCCAAAUGGGUGUGCUGAAGCUAGCAAUGGCGUGCCUAGUUAUCUGUUAGCGUUUGCUCUGUGCUCUUCUAUGGAGCUCCGACCCCCGGACUGGAAUUAUCCCGUAGGCCUUUCCAGGUGCUACUUUACUUCAGCUGCUGUGCCUGUGCAACUCGUCUGGGCAAGUUUUGUGGCUCGCUCGUGGUUUUGUAGCUAGGUUAAGCGAGUGAAGUUACACUCGGUAGCGCAGUGUUUCCUCCAUCGGACGAUAUGCGAGAUUGUUUAUUCUGCUGUUAAUCUACCUACCUUCCUAUUUCGUA